AUGAAAAAAACAAAAAUUUCAAAUUUUUCGAAAAUGGAUGAAUCAUUUGAUAUGCUAACAAUCAAAUGGAAUGAUUUUGAACUUGAUCCAGAUAGUACUAUCAAGGAAGGUACUUUUGGUCGUGUUUUUAACUGCAUAUAUCAAGAACAAAAGGCUAAAAUCAAAAUUUUCAAAAUUUUAAAAAGAGAUAACGAUAAGUCAUCAUAUAUACGCGAAGCCCUAUUUCCAAAUCUUAUAUCACAUCCAGCUAUUGUCAAACCACUUGGCCACAGUCUUUACAUUGAUCCUGAUGUAUUAAAAAAAAUUAAUAGCCCAGUAAAGGAACUAUUCGAAAGUUCCGAAGCUUUCUUAAUUACGGAAAAGAAAGAAGGCGACACUUUACGUGAAUAUCACCAAAAAUAUAUCCAUAAAAAAACGCUAACAGACAUUACUGAUGCUAUCUGUCAGCUUUUUUGCAUUGCCAGAGUAUUAAUGACUCUCAAUGAAAGAGGAAUUUAUCACGGCGACGUUUCUGACAAUAAUAUUAUGGUAAAUGGCAAAAAUGCAUGGCUAAUUGAUUUCGGAAACGCUGAAUCAGGCGAGAAGAAAAGAAUCGGUGGUACUUACUUUGAUAAAAACAACGAAAACAAAUUUUCAGAUUGUUAUGCCUUUGGUUUAAUGGUAACUCGGCUUUAUGAGAAUUACUUGGCCUUUCAAAUACCUAAAAAUACAAAGAUGUCGACAAUUUGCGAAUGGCUACAAAAUAAUCAACUUUUUAAGAAAGAAAUUUACGAAGUAGAUGAAUUUAACACGUUUAGAGAUAAAUAUAUAGUGAAAGAGAAUAAGGAACGAUCGGAUGGAGCCACUUUUAGCAUGUUUAGUCUUAAUAAUUUAAUUAAAUUACCUUAUUUCAAAGAAAUCCAAUAUAAUCUCUACAAAAUGGCGAAUCUUGGAAAUGGUCAUGCACUUCUCAUACUCAGCCACAUGUGGGCGAAUGGAUUUUUUGCAAGAAAUGACUAUUAUCAAGCAAUUUUCUUCGCAUUAGAAGCAAAAAGAAUCAAAUUUCCUUCCAGCGAUGAAUUUGUUUCUGACUACGCAUAUAAACUUGGAAUAGAACUCCCUAAAGGUAAAUUUGAUGUAAAAGAAGUGUAUCAACUUGUAAAUCAGAAACUGAUUGAAGAUGCAAAACGAGGAAAUUGGAUUGCUCAAGUUAGAUUGUAUUUUAUAAGAAAGCAACAAGGUAAAAAUGAUGAAUUAACAAUGAAAUUGGAAAAAGUCCUUUCUAUUCAUGAAAUUCCUGAAAAUGAAUUAAAAUCUGAAGAAAAUUUGGCAAGAAUAAAAUACAAUGAAAUUGACGCAAUUGGAAAUGAUACAAAGCAUAGUAAUAUACUUCAUCCGACUACAAAUAACAAUGGAACUACUCAGGAGUUUUGUACAAAUGAUCUAGAUUGUAAUAACUCUGAAUCUCGUGGAUCUGAAUUAGAAGAAGAUCGUUAUUAUUCUGAUAGAAGUUCCAGUUAUCUUUGA